AUGCUACCGCGCAAUUGUCAAACAAGUAAGGACAGCGGCAUUAGAGUUCCAAAACCAGCGGCGGAAAAUGAUGCUGCGAUUCCAGCAUCGUCACCGAUGGAUAUCUUCCCUCCAAGCGGCUCCUAUGGCGUUUUCCGACUCGACGAAGACAUGCCACAUGUCUCAGCAAGGAGUGACCGCAAGUCUCCAGAGGAAGCGGCACAUGAGAGCAACCAAAGCUGUUCUGGGUCGCCGUCAUCGAAGCCGUCGCUGGUGUCAUCGUUGAAUCAGAUUACUCUUCCCACUUCAGUCGUUGGGGGCUUCCGUGAUGCCAAAAUAAAGCUCAACAUUCCUGGCGUCAAUCCUUUCCUGCUCUCACCUCCGGAUUCAGUUCACGUGAACUUCAACAUUAGUACACCGAUUGAGGAAUUAUCAGAUAUGAAACUUUCAGACUUAAGAGAUUUAGAUCAUGCCCUAGCUGUGACAAGCUGGUGGAAACGGAGGCGUUACGGAAGUGCGUCUCCCUUUCCUCAGCAAACCCAAUUCCAUGACAAUCCCAGAGACGAUACGUUUGUUAGCCCCGGUUCUCCAUCAAGUUUCCCCUAA